CGAAGACAACAACAAAAAUCAUAACAUUGUAAAAUUACAUUGCCAUUAACUCGCCAUAUACGCGGUGACGACAAAAAUAAAUUUAUUUUAUACUUUCAUUUCAUUCACCGUUUCGAUUGGUCUAAACAAAUUUCUUAUGUAAAAUUUAAUCAUCAACAAUAAAGACAAUACCGACAAACAAAGCGGUGAUUGAUUUAUUCGUCUAUAGAAACAGAAUAACAGCGGCAUCUUGAAGAUUGAAAUAAAAAUUGAUUGGUGUUCACCAAUCGAAUCAUCGACAUCGUUUAUAUUUGUUUGGUAAUAUUAUUAUAUUAUGCCCGUUCGAUACAGUUCAAAUUUAACUGGAUUCAGUCAGCAAAUGCUGCACAAUAUUGAUGAUAAUUGUGAUUGCAUUUGUGAAGAUGAUUGUUGUCACGAGAAGGCCAAUUUUCCUAAUAAAAACACGGAUGUAAACAAUUAUAAUAGCAUGAUGAAAUCAUCGACGACAGCAACAUCGACAGUUAAUAAACCGAAGAUCAAGCCCACGUUGUUCUGUCCAUCACCGUUGGUACAUUCAUCACAAUUGGGCAUCACGCAUUCGUUGUUAUUUUCUGGAUCGAAAUUCGGUGGUUAUCAAAAAUCCAAAGGAAAUUCAUAUGAAGUCGAAGUCAUUUUUCAGAAUGUUGACGAAUCCAACUCAUACCUUUGUGGCUAUCUAAUGAUCAAAGGUCUGACUGAAGAAUAUCCAACGUUGACUACAUUUUUCGAUGGCGAAAUCAUUUCGGAAAAAUAUCCAUUUUUGACAAGAAAAUGGGAAGCUGAUGAAGAUAUUGAUAGAAAACAUUGGAACCGUUUCGAAAGUUUUGCACAAUAUUCGAAAAAUUUUAAUUGUGAUAAUUUCGAUUAUAAACAAUUGGAAAAUACUGAUCAUGUUUUCAUGAGGUGGAAAGAACAUUUUCUUGUACCCGAUCAUACGGUAAAAGAUAUUAAUGGCGCCAGCUUUGCCGGUUUCUAUUACAUCUGUUUUACUAAAUCGAAAGCAACCAUUGAAGGUUAUUACUAUCAUAGACAGUCUGAAUGGUUCCAAUCGUUAAACCUCAAACAUAUACCAGAAAAUUCGAUCCAAGUAUACGAAUUUCGUUGAUCAUUUUAUUUGACAGUCACAAAUAUUCAAUUAUACAUUACAGUUCACAUGUCCAAUGAAGCGAUACAAGAAAAAAA